ACAGACUGAACUCAAGCUGCGGGUCAGAUUGGUCUAAUAUUUAGCAGCAGCUCGAUGCAAACACUUAACGAGGGCUGAUAUGAGGAAUUUAAGCCCUGACCCUUUUUUUCGUCAGGGACCAGCGCCGUUACGUCGAAAGAGCAGCGAGAGCCGGGGUAUAUUGCAGCGACUCUAUCAGCCAGAGCAACCCCACACUGUUGUUAUUCACUUCGAAAUAGAUAAUAAUAACAACGCAAGAGCUCGCAAGUUGCAUCAAGACUGUGGCUGCAACUGUCAAAGGUGGAGUGGAUACGCGCAUGACCCAACACACACUACUGUAAUACUGUACACGACCGCCGAGAUAAAAUCCGUAUAAAAAAGCCGAAAUAAUCCCGAGGUAAGGAGCCGGGGACUGGACUAACAUCCGACGUUUGUUCUUUUCCUUCGCUUCGUUUUCUUUUACUCUAACCGACUGUCUCACAGCCGUCGAAAUUACUGCACUAAACAUAUUUUUGUGCCUCCCUUCAGCUACAGCCAGCGCAGGGAUUUUUUUUUUUUUUUUUACUCCUCCUUCGUAAUAAAGUCGCCAUUUUGCUUCACUGCCUAUAUAAACCAUUCUGUAUUCUAAUAUUUUUCCUUCAGGAGCCGAGGACCUGGUCGUGUUUCCUGGGUGUUUUGUUAAUAUUUCUGGAGGGUCUAAGGAGAAGACGGAGGUUGGAGAAGUGCCUCGUGGUGUACAUAUUAAUGCAGAAAAGGAGGAGGGAGGAGAAUGCGUUUGGAAGCUGGGAAUGAGGUGAAACUACACUGGAUUUCUUUUCAUGGACACUCGGGAGCGUGAUUCGUCUUUUUGUCGUCGUGUUCAGAAGAGACGAGGCUGACGGUUGUCCGUGUCCCUUCGGCCCCCCAGCCUCCUGUUUGAACGGCCCUUGACGUACAAGCAGGUGUGAUUGCCAUGUAACAUAACAUUGGUGGAAAAAACGCCCACUUUGGUGCCUGUCUCCUGACCUCCUCCUCCCGUCACGUGGGUGACCCGGUGGGGCCCCCCAGGGCUCCUGCUGCUGAGUGACUGACCCCACAGUUCAGGUAUGGAGAGCUCCAGUGGCCCCAGGCUUGGGAAGCUGUCCUCACCAGGCCUGCCAAGGGGCCAAACACCCAAGCAUGGUCAUCCCCAGGAGUUUGUUAGAAGCACGCCGUGCCCUGAAAACAACAACAAACAUAGUUUAAUGUGUGACGACCAAGCAGAUGGGAAGAGAAAAGGUCGGCCUAAGACUGACGGUCAGGAGCUUAGGAGCAUUCCUGCCCAUUUGAUAAUACAAUGGAAGGAAGAGUUCAAGCGCCGCUCCAGGGUUAAAUGUCCAUGUACAGGCUGUUGGCUAGAAUUUCCCAGCAUCUAUGGCGUUAAAUACCACUAUCAACGCUGCCAAGGACCCACUGUAGCUGAGAAGCUGAGUCACGGCUGUCCCUACUGUGAGGCAGCUUUUGCCACAAAAGUACGGCUGGAGAAGCACAAACUGUGGAACCACCCAGAGAGAGUUAGCAAGGACGCCAAGGAACAGCAGCUUCUUAAGAUUCCUGUCAAAUCCAACAUCAAGAAAAGGCCUAUGGAGAACAGUCCGCCAUCGCCGGUGUUCUUUAAGGUGAAAAAAACGUAUGAGGUUUCCGCACCGUCUCAGAAUGGAGAACUAACCCACCUCAAGAGUGAGAGGAAAGUACACAGUCAGAUCCCGGCUUCACAGCAGAUUCACCCAUCGUCGCACACAGUUCAGUCUCAGUCGCAGUCACAAAGCACAUCAUCCGACGCAGGAGGGAGUGAAAGUGAAGGCGGGAGUCUUCCCUCCUCUUACCCCGACGAAGAUCCAGAGCGAAUGAGGCACAGACGGAAGCAAAAAACUCCCAAGAAAUUCACCGGAGAACAGCCGUCAAUAUCCGGGACAUUUGGGCUGAAAGGCAUGACUAAGGUCGAGGAGAAGCUGAAGGCAGGUCGUGUGAAGAGACCAGAGGGCUGUGGGUUCAGCGAUGAGCCUCAGAGAAGACCCUCAUCUGCUCAGUCCUCCAAGAAAGAGCCAGUGACAGCAAGCUCGGGUGGUGUUUCUGACACUCAGUGGCAGCGAACAAUCUCGGAGCGAGGUGAAGUGGUGUGCCCGACUUGCUCCAUUGUCACCAGGAAAACAAUCCAUGGUCUGAAGAAACACAUGGAGAUCUGCCAGAAGCUCCAGGAUGCCCUAAAGUGCCAGCAGUGCCAGAAACAGUUCCGGUCCAAAGCUGGUCUAAACUACCACACCAUGGCAGAACACAGCACCAAGCCCUCAGGGAGCGAAGGCCAGACGGGCAACGAGCACGAAGAGAGAGAACGGCUGCGGCGAGUGCUCAAACAGAUGGGACGAAUCAAGUGUCCUACUGAGGGUUGUUCAGCCCACUUUUCCAGUCUGAUGGGCUACCAGUAUCACCAGCAGCGUUGUGGAAGAGAGUUUUCUGAUGAUGAGAGGCCUGUGUUUCUGUGCCAGCACUGUGGGAAGAGCUACCGCUCCAAGGCAGGCAGAGACUACCACAUACGCACUGAGCACCCGCCGACCAUCACCACCGUCACGACAGCGACAAAUGCCAAUAACUACAAGAACAACAUCACUGACACCAACAACAAUACAGGCAAGGAAAGGGGGAUCUCUGAAGAUUCUCCGUUAGUAGGGAAGAAAAAAGAGCAAAACUUGCUCGAGAGGAAAGACUGGCCGGAGAAAAUCCCAACCAGCCAGCCUAAAGAGAGAGACUUGGAAAAGGAAGAGGAGAGAAAACAAAGCAAAGAGAAAGCAGCACAAAUUAAGAAUCAGGGGGAGGACUUUGAAAGGACACCCAGCGGCCGAGUGAGGCGGCAGUCUGCUCAGGUGGCCGUGUUCCACCUGCAGGAGAUAGCAGAGGAUGAGCUGGCCAAAGACUGGGGCACCAAGCGACGCAUCAAGGACGACCUGGUGCCUGACAGCAAAAGGUUGAACUACACUCGUCCUGGCCUCCCCAACUUCAGCCCAGAGCUACUGGAGACCUGGAAGAACCAAGUGAAGGAGAAGGGCUUCAUUUGCUGCACAAAUGCUAAUUGUGAAGCUGUAUAUUCCAGCGUCUCUGGGCUGAAGGCACACCUUGCCAACUGCAGCCAGGGUGGUGGUGAAAUGGGAAAGUACACCUGUCUGAUCUGUCAGAAGGAGUUUAGCUCAGAGAGCGGUGUUAAAUAUCAUAUUAGUAAGACACACUCACAGAACUGGUUUCGUGCAUCAACCAGCCAAGUGGUUUCUGGUAGCAAGAGCAAAGGGUUGGAGAACAAUGGAUUCAAAGCUGAGGUGAGGAACGGUGCCACCUCAGGUAAAAAGAGGGGCCGGAAACCAAAAGAACGCCCCCUGAUGGACGAGUCUCUACAAACAAAGACAGAUGCCCUCACCACCGCCCAAAAUUCACCUCCAGCCAUGACCCCUCCCUCUUGCUCAGCACAGUCCCCAGCCCUGAUCCCUGACCAAACGGACAGUGAUGAUCCAGGCCAGGAGAGGCAAAUCCCCCCCUCUGCCUCCAGACGGAACAAAACCAAGAAGAUCUUUUUGUCAGAGUAGCACUGCUUUUAUCAACCCUGGAGUCAAAAUGGAUGCUUUUGGUAAACGUGCCGCCUGGAAGCUAAAAGGACCUUUCCAUCUUGGCACUGAGUAGAAAGCCAGAUCAACAAUGAAAACUUUAAAGAUUUUAAAAGAGUCUUUAAAUCUUGGUUUUAUACCUUAGAGUUAAUGUGUGCACUGGUAUGAACAUUUAUCACCACAGUAGUGCAUUUCCUCCAUUCCACUUCUGUUUCCUUUAUAGGGCACACAUUUCAGUUUCUGUUCCCACAGCAAAGGCCGUAAACCAAGUGCAAAUCCAAACCCUAACGUUGAUAGAAGUUUUUAAACAGAAGUAGUAUCCCAAAUAGAUAAAUAAUAAUAAUUUUCUCCGCAAGAGUCAAAUUGUUUUGAAAGGAUUUAAAAAGGAAAUUCUAUUAGCAUGGUGAAGUCAUUUUAUGAUAGCUGGUGUUUUUUCAUGUUUCUUCACAGAUAUACUGUAUGUGUACAUAAACAGUAACUAUAUAUAUAUAUAUAUAUAUAUAUAUAUAUCUAUAUACUCAAAGUAAUGAUGCCAUCCUUCGUUUUCAAGCCCGAUGCGUCCAGUUGGCUUUUGGUCAGUCACAAAUUUUGCAGUGUGUUUUAGUGCAACAUUGUUUCAAUGUAUUAUUUUUCCUUUUAGUUUUGCUUUCAUUACUUUUUUGGGUUUCCGGUUCUUGUGAGCAAAUUUCACAUAAGCUACAAUGUUCAGUUGUUUUAUUUCCCCCAAUGCUGUUCCUUUUACCUAACAUUUCCAUGGUUACUUUAGACUGAAGGUGAUAAUUAAUACACCCAAAAAGGGAUUUUUUUUUUUUUUUAUCUCUUAAGAUGAUAAUUCAAUUACAAUAACACACAUUGAUUUUAUUUAAUCGAUUUCAUUUAAAGAAGCGAAACAAGGUCUGGCCAAACAAAAUAUUUAGCAGAAGGAAGGAUUUUUAACAUUGUUGCACCGUUGCAGCACAAUCAAAUGACAUAUCUCUAUUAAAAGGAGGCCAUACUAUGGACUCUGCUUUAUUAUAGGUCUAAGCUGCAGAGAAGAUUUACAAAAGCUAUCUUUUAUAGAAAGGUUUAAGAUGAUAACCUUUUAUUACACAGGCAAAACAUGUAAAUUAACAUUCUCAGAAAGUGAUGUAUUUGAAUGAAUUAGCUAAAAGUUGUUGCCUUGCACUUUAACCCUCUACCCUUCUUGCUCUCCUCUUAUCUUUUUUGCACUCUAAGACUAUUCAAUCUAGCCUGCAGGUCGUCUCUUUAACAGGAGUGGGAAAAUGUUGCUCUGAUCGAAAAGGAAACAGUUAACUCUGUCUGAACUGUAAAACAGGACUGUGUAAUUAUUGCUUACAGAGCCAAGCAAAAUUGUUCAUACCUUCCAAACGUUUUAACUUUUUUUUUUUCAUUUCAACCACAAACUCCAUCAUGCUUUGUUUUAUUUCAUUGUGGUUAAAUAACAUGAAGUAGCAAUUAGUUAUAAUGUAUUUUUACUAAUAAUACACAUGUGUAUUACUCUGUAGAUCACCUUUUCCUGAACAGUGUUUUACAUUCAGCUUUGGUCUCAUCUGACCAGGGUGACACUUUUCACACAUUUGCUUUCCCCUGCAUGGCUUGUGUCAAUCUGCUAAUCAUUAGUUGUAUUCUUAUUUCUGCUUUUCCAUAAAGGCCAGAUUUGUAAAGUUUUCAAAUAACUCAGCUCGGGAUGCUGUUUUUAUAUUCUAUCCCUGCUUUAAGUUUUUCUACAAUUUCAUCCCUGACCCGCCUGAUGUGGCUCUUUGGUCUACAUGAUGCUGUUUGUUCAUCAGUGUUUUCCAACAGUUCCUCUAGACCCUAGAGUCUAGGGCCUACGGGGAACAGCUGGGCUUAUACUGAGAUUUUACUUCUAGUAGUAAAAUCUAGAACUGAAGUCUCUUGGUUGCAUUAAACUUUAUUUAGAUGCAAUAGAUUAAAAGAUGCUGAGCACAUAUGCAGUCCAUGCUUUUUAGAUUUUUUUUUUUACAAUUUAAAGUAAAUAAAAAUCAUUUAUUAUGUUUCUUGUUUUACACUAAGCACUACUUUGUGUUGGUUUAUCACAUACAAUCCCAUUAAAACACAUUGGAAUUUGUGCUUUUAACAUGACAAACAUUUGACAAGGCUCAAGGGGUAUGAAUGAUUUUGCAAGGUACUGUAUUCCAGAAAGCCAUAACUGGUCUUAACAAAGUUCAGAGUUCCUCAACAUUUCGACUUCAGAUUAGAUUACUUGAUUACUUAAUAUGAGAGACUAUAUUCACUUUAACAUGCUAAAAAGUCAAAGUAGAUACUUGAAUCCACAGUUAUGUUAAACUUUUCAGCAAAUGUAAACAACAUAUUACUUGGUUUAUUUGUGCUGUUUGUGUGAUAAUGAUGCUCACUUUUGAAAAAAGAAAAAAAAAAUCACAAAUCUAUUUUAGAUUUUCUUGUGUGUAUUACUUAGAUAGCCAGUCUGCUAGUUUUGGAUAUAUUGUGAUGUGAGGGAUAAUAAGGGUGCUUUACUUGCCACUUUACCUUAAAGACCUGAUACAAUGCACCUAAAAUCUACAAAUCCACCCAGCCUUCCUACUGGCAAGUUGUCUGAAUUUUGGAGCAAAAUGUCAAAGUUAUGAAAUCCAAGCACUGAUGUCAGCUGAACAUACCCUAGGAAUAUAGAGUUUAAUAUGUUAUUGGUGUGUUCAAGUGGUUUCAUCCCCGUGCUGUUACUUUUUAUAAUGUACAGCAAAAAUUCAACUUGAAUUCCUCCUGAACUAAUCAGACAGUGGAGUGUAUUCAGAUGGGGAUGAAUAUGUUUUUAUAGUGGAAUGGGCCUUUAUCUGCUAUUUAGGCUUAGUUGACAAAAAGCAGAAGUUAGAGAAGCACUGAUCGGUCCAUGGACGAGUUUUUAACACGAGUUGUCCAGACCUUGCGUGUAUGCGUGUGCGCGAGUGUGUGUUUGUAUUAAACGGUUAGCACCUUUGUAAAGAGUGGAUGUCGGAGAACGGUGACACUCUCUGUUGAGUGUGAUGCUGUGGCACAGAAUCAGUUCGUCAGCUGCUUGUUUCUCGUCUCAUACAACAUUGCGUCGACUGUGUUUACCCGACAAGCUUUUGGUGUUGCAAUAUGAUAGUUUAGCACUGCUUAUAAGAGUGGAUAUUUUAUAUUUUAUAACACCCUUUACUAUCUGUCUUCCUAUUACUUGGAAAACACAUCUAUCCUGCAGUGUGAAUAAACUGCAACUUGUUUAAAACUUACAGCAAUAUACCAUAUUUAGCUGAUUUUGUUGGCUUGCUAAUUUUUUGAUAUUGAUGUGUCUUCUUAGAAAUGUGUGGCUUUUUUCCACCCACUCCCCGGUCCACGCCCCCAAAUUUUCUUUAAUUGCUUUAAAAUGCUUUUUACAUAUAUGAAUUUUACAUAACGAUGUUGGAAAAAUAAUCGUAGACCACAAAAACUUUGUUGGCAUACACUGUUAUUUUGUCCAUUUUGAUGAUGCACAUGAUUUCAGAUUUUUUAGUACACAAAAACCCUGUUGAGAGAGUCAUUUAUUAUUAUUAUUAUUAUUAUUACAUAUAGAUAUGGGGGCAACAAGGCAUAUGUAUGUGUGUUUGUUUCUGUAUUUAGUGCACUUACUAUAACAUAAAAUAGGCUUGAAAAUAGGAGUGUUGUUGGAGAUUUCUAGUGACCUGGACUGUGUGGUGUGACUUUUGUACCCAGGGAAACAGGAGGCUCAAGUGUCUUCCCUUUGUCAGCAAUGUUAUUUCCAAAACCAAGGUUAAUCCUUAGAAAUCCUCUUAGCCUAUGAAUUUUACCCUGGUUCGUUUUGUAUGCUACCUACUUGAAAAGCAGGAACUGGCAUCCGACUGGUGCCGGCCAUUGUAAUGAAAUAUUUGAGAGCUGCACGACAGCUCAUAACUGUUUAUGAUACUUGGGUAACAGAUAAAAUUAGACUGAUGAUGUAAUUAAGAUUUCCAUAUCUGAAAUUAAGCUGUAUAGUACUUAACACUGGAGGAAUCAGUUCCUCCUUUGUGUCUGAACUGUUACACUUUUUCUCCCAAAACUUGUUGUAUUACCUGUGCAUUAGUAUCCCUUAACUAAUUAAUAAAGUUUAAUGACUAAAU